UAUAAUAGCAUUAGGCGAAGCCCCGUUUGGUAAACGAGAGCGAAUCUUUUCCUUUGCUCCAACUCGUGAGUGACUCUUACGGUCUUACCUCUACUUAGUUUCAAGAAUCCCUCUAGACCCAUUCGGCCUCUUCCCAAGUCCUCACGCACAACCCAGAAGAAAGAAAACUCAAUCUCCAACGAUUACUGGGAAAGUAAUCAGAUUGGUACAUUUGUGUGGGAACUGGUAUUAUCUUUGUCAAAUUGGACUAUGUUGUGGCUUUGUUCUCCUUUUUGUUUCAGCGGUCUCAUUCCUUUUAUAUCUGAGUGAUCAAAAUAGAAUCUCAGGUGCUACUUUUUCGCCCCUUUGUUUUGUCGAUUUGCAUACCAAUGAAGCAUUAUAUAGGUCUCCAUAUGGACUCCGUUAUCUAUAACAUUUUUUCCCCUAGAUCCUUGUAUGCUGCUUCAUGGCUAUUGUUGUUAUUGCAAUGUGGAUAAAUAUAUCCUUGGAGAUGGUUAAACUAGCCAAUAUUUUUUUUCGUUUGGACAGCAGUCUCAUUGAUAAAUCAUUCAAUAGUCAGUCAGAAACUCUAUUUCCUUUCUCAAGUUAUCAUUAUCCCUUAAUAAAAGUCUUUCAACUUGAAAACCCUUUUUAUUCUGACCUCAUGAACCCUGUUCAGUUGAGAGUCAUAUUAGGCAGCUCCUUUUGGCCAUUCAUUUUGUUUCCUCCUUUCAAUAUGUGUUUACUUCUUCCCAUGAACUCUUCUGGCUUCUGUGUCUUCUUCACAGUUGCCUUGCAAACUUAUUUUAUUAGAUACAUAAGAUGCCAAGGGAAAAGACAAAUGCUUCAUCAGUUGAACCUGAAAAGUCAAUAGCAUCUGAUGAGAAGGUUGGUAUUGAUGAAGACAAUGAUCCUGAUGAGGCAAUGGAUGAAGAGGUUGAGUAUGAAGAGGUUGAGGAAGAAGAAGAAGUAGAAGAAAUAGAAGAAGAAGUGGAAGAAGAAGAGGAAGAAGAGGAGGAAGAGGAAGAAGAGGAGGAGGUAGAAGAAGAGGUGGAUGAUGAAGAUGCUAAUAUUGCCACUGGAACUGAUGUCAAGAACUCAGAGAGCAGUGAAGAGGAGAAGAAAAAACAUGCUGAACUUCUUGCCCUUCCUCCACAUGGUUCUGAAGUUUACAUUGGUGGUAUUCCUCAUGAUGCUAUUCAGGAGGAGUUAAAGGUCUUUUGUGAAGCUGUAGGAGAAGUUACAGAGGUUCGGAUUAUGAAGGGAAAAGAUUUAGGUGACAAUAAGGGCUUUGCAUUUGUGACGUUCAGAAACAUGGAGAUGGCUUCUAAUGCUAUUGAUGAAUUGAAUAAUACCGAAUUUAAGGGUAAAAGAAUAAAAUGUUCAACAUCUAAAGCAAAGCACCGUUUGUUCAUCGGUAAUGUUCCAAGGAGUUGGGGAGAAGAAGAUCUGAGGAAGGUUGUGAUGGAGGUUGGUCCUGGAGUUUCUGGUAUAGAACUGGUCAAGGAUAUGAAGAACACAAGCAAUAACCGGGGGUUUGCUUUCAUUGACUACUAUAACCAUGCAUGUGCUGACUAUUCAAGGCAAAAAAUGAUGGACUCAAAAUUUAAGCUGGAUAAUAAUGCCCCAACAGUGAGCUGGGCAGACCCUAAAAACGCCGAGUCUUCUGCUGCUUCUCAGGUGAAGGCAGUUUAUGUAAAGAAUUUACCCAAAACUGUGACCCAAGAACAGUUAAAGAAGCUAUUUGAACACCACGGGAAAAUCACAAAAGUGGUUCUGCCAGCUUCAAAAUCCGGACAGGAGAGGAAUAGAAUUGGUUUUGUACAUUUUUCAGAGAGGUCAAGUGCUAUGAAAGCAUUGAAGAACACUGAAAAUUAUGAACUUGAUGGCCAGCUGUUGGAGUGCUCUCUUGCAAGGCCACAGGCAGAUCAAAAGUCUGGUGGAUCAAAUUCCCAGAGGUCAGGGUUGAUUGCUAGUUAUCCAGCUCGUGCUGUUUAUGGUGUGCCUGGGGGUGCCUAUGGGGCUCUUGGUGCAGGAUAUGGUGCUGCAGGUUUUGCACAGCCUUUGAUGCCUGGACCAGGACCGGCUCCUGCUGGCAUGGCAAUGAUGCCGAUGCUUCUGCCUGAUGGACGGAUUGGAUAUGUUUUGCAACAACCAGGGCCUCAGCCAUACCAACACCCACACCCACACCCACACCCGCACCCACACCCGCACACGCCGCAUGCACAUCAGCGAAAUAGUGGCCGGGGUGGUGGUGGGAGCGGUAGCAAGAGUAGUGGUGGUUCAAAUAAGGGAAGGCACAACCAUGAUGCUGGGCAUGGGCGCAGGUAUCACCCAUAUUGAUUGUUCUAGUAAUUGUUGCAAGUUGGGAAGGUCUGCAUUCUCUUGUGUACUCUACUAGUCCUGGUUGUAAUGGUUAAAACGUUGUAACAUCAUGAUUAUUUACGGAAGUGCGUUUAGGAUUCUGAUUCUUCAUUCAGCAACAGAUAUAUAAAUGAUGUAUUCAUUAGUUGCAUAAGUAUCGUUAUUGGUCAGAAUUGAUUUGUUA